AUGGAGUUUUUCAAUUUUACCACAUCUGCUUCAAAACGAGUUAUAUGGAUAAGGAAUGUUCAGAAAAGUCGACUAUACUUUUUUGAUCUCAAACCUGGAACAUUUAUCAGUGCAAAUCAUUUUAAAGAUGGUAAGCCAACUCCUGAAAAUCCUCAUGCAACAGAAUUUAUGACAAAACUGUCAAAUGAACAUGGAAGCACACCAAAGAAAAGGAAAAAAACAACUGAGAGGACAACUCCAGCUUCAGAGACAUUGCAAUCAGAAGAGGAGCUUUCUGGUCUAGAUUUCCAUUACUGAUCGGAAGGUUCUGAAUCAGAGCCUGAAACUGCACAUCCAGAUUUUACAUUUGAAAUUGUUGCGACCGAGGGAAUGGUCAGUUUUUAUACAGGACUUCCAGACUCGAAAACUUUUGAGUUAGUCUAUGAUUAUCUUCGACCAAAGGCAAAAAAAUAUGAAUUACUGGAAAGGUGA